UUGGAGUCCGAGGUCAAAGUCCGGUGCGCUGGGAAGCCGGCUUCCGGAGUCCGCUGUCGUCUCCGGGGCUUAGCCGCGUGGGAGCAGUGGGAGAGAUGAGGCAGAAGCAUUACCUUGAGGCUGCGGCGCGGCAACUAUACGAGAGCUGUCCGGGCCAGGCCCGGUAUCUCCUCUGGGCCUACAGUUCGUCACACGAUGAUAACACUUUUGAAGGAACAUGUCCAUACUGUUUCCAGUUGCUGGUCUCGGAUAACUCUCGAGUGCGCCUCAAACCCAAAUCCAAACUGACACCCAAAAUACAGAAACUUCUUAACCGAGAGGCAAGAAAUUGUACACUCAAUUUUAAAGAAGCAAAAAUUGUGAAAAAAUACAAAGACUCCAGAAGUGUAUUGUUGAUUACUUGUAAAACAUGCAACAGAACAGUUAAACAUCAUGGUAAAAGUAGAAGCUUUCUAUCCACACUGAAGAGCAGUCCUACCACUCCUACGACUAAACUCAGCCCGAAGACACCAGAGAGAAAGACUCCGAGUUCCACAAACCUAAAUCACACGUGUGGUUCCAAAGGCAAGAAGCCAGCCUUUGUAUUCAGGACACCGACAUCUGGACAGUCAACACCCACCUGCUCAAAUAGUGUGAGCAAAACUAAGAAACACUUCUCUAAAUUAAAAUUGUUGCUUAGUCGGAGUGAAUCCCAAAAGAAUUCAAAGGUGGACUUCAGAAAUUUCUUAUUGUCUUUGUAAAGGAUAGUCUGUGAAAUAAAUGUUUUGUUUUGUUUU